GGCGGCGGCGGCGGCGGCAGCGGCGGCGGCGGCGGGGAGCGGACCGCUCGGAGCUGGACCGAGGAGGAGGAGGAAGAGGUGGAGGGCGGUGCUGUGUCCCCGCAGGAGUCGGAGAGGAUGGCGGGGGCCGGCGGCCAGCACCACCCUUCGGGCGCCGCGGGAGGAGCGGCCGCCGCGGCCGGCGCUGCGGUAGCCCCCGCCACUGCCUCGGCCGGGCCCGGAGAGGAUUCGUCCGACAGCGAAGCGGAGCAAGAGGGACCCCAGAAACUGAUCCGCAAAGUGUCCACUUCGGGGCAGAUCCGGACCAAGACCAGUAUUAAAGAGGGACAGCUGUUGAAGCAAACCAGCUCUUUCCAAAGAUGGAAAAAGCGAUAUUUCAAACUUCGAGGUCGUACACUUUAUUAUGCAAAGGACUCAAAGUCUCUGAUAUUUGAUGAAGUUGACCUCUCAGAUGCCAGUGUAGCUGAAGCAAGCACAAAAAAUGCUAACAACAGCUUCACGAUAAUCACUCCAUUCAGAAGACUAAUGCUUUGCGCUGAGAAUAGGAAAGAGAUGGAGGAUUGGAUCAGCUCGCUGAAGUCUGUACAGACCAGAGAAACUUACGAGGUGGCCCAGUUUAAUGUGGAACAUUUCUCAGGGAUGCAUAACUGGUACGCCUGCUCCCAUGCCCGACCCACUUUCUGUAACGUCUGCCGAGAGAGUCUUUCUGGGGUCACCUCCCAUGGCCUGUCCUGCGAAGUGUGUAAGUUCAAGGCUCAUAAAAGGUGUGCAGUGAGAGCAACAAAUAACUGCAAGUGGACGACCCUGGCCUCCAUCGGGAAGGACAUCAUAGAGAACGAGGAUGGGCUGGCUAUGCCCCACCAGUGGCUCGAGGGUAACUUGCCCGUGAGUGCCAAGUGUGCUGUCUGUGAAAAAACGUGUGGCAGCGUUCUCCGUCUUCAAGACUGGAGAUGCCUUUGGUGUAAAACGAUGGUACACACUGCCUGCAAAGAUUUAUAUCAUCCUAUAUGUCCACUUGGCCAAUGUAGAGUAUCUGUCAUACCUCCAAUUGCACUGAACAGCACCGAUUCUGAUGGUUUCUGUAGAGCAACAUUUUCAUUCUGUGUUAGUCCUCUGUUGGUUUUUGUCAAUUCUAAGAGUGGAGAUAAUCAGGGAGUAAAGUUUCUUCGCCGAUUUAAACAGUUACUAAAUCCAGCUCAGGUGUUUGAUUUGAUGAAUGGCGGUCCUCAUUUAGGUUUAAGAUUAUUCCAGAAGUUUGACAAUUUCCGGAUUCUUGUUUGUGGAGGAGAUGGAAGUGUAGGUUGGGUUUUGUCAGAAAUUGAUAAGCUCAACUUGAAUAAACAGUGUCAGCUGGGAGUACUGCCUCUGGGUACAGGAAACGACCUUGCCCGGGUUCUUGGCUGGGGAGGCUCAUACGAUGACGACACCCAACUUCCUCAGAUACUUGAGAAGCUGGAACGAGCCAGCACCAAAAUGUUGGACAGGUGGAGUAUAAUGACCUAUGAACUCAAAUUGCCAGCAAAGGCUUCUCUACUUCCAGAACCUCCAGAAGCAUCUGAAGAAUUUUAUAUGACAAUUUAUGAAGACUCAGUUGCAGCUCAUCUUACAAAAAUCCUCAAUUCUGAUGAACAUGCAGUGGUCAUAUCGUCUGCCAAGGUACUUUGUGAAACUGUAAAGGACUUCGUUGCCAAAGUAGAGAAGGCGCAUGAAAAAACGUUGGAAAGAGCUGUUGCAGCCGAUGCCGUGGCCAAUAAAUGUUCAGUUCUAAAUGAGAAGCUUGAACAACUGCUCCAGGCUUUGCACACAGAUUCCCAGGUUAGUCCAGUUCUCCCGGGCAUCAGCCCUGUCAUUGUAGAAGAAGAUCCUGUGGAAUCGUCCAGCGAAGAAUCCUUGUGUGAAAGCAAGGAACAACUCUUGGAUGACACUACAAAACCUUCCUCCCAGAAAACUGUCAAACCGAGGGAAAUAAUGCUGCGGGCAAACAGUUUAAAGAAAGCAGUGAGGCAAGUCAUUGAAGAGGCCGGAAAAGUGAUGGAUGACCAGACAGUUCACUCCUCUGAACCAGUUAAUCAAUCAUUUGAUUACGAUAGCACAGAAACAGAUGAGUCUAAAGAUGAAUCAAAAGAAGAUGAUGCAAAAGCGUCAUUAACUGUUAAAACUGCACCUCGGUCUCCAGAUGGCCGGGCAAGUCGUUCCCAAACUGACUCUGGCUCUGGUCCUGCUGUGGCAACCAGUAAAGAAAACCUCCCAGUGCUCAAUACCAGAAUAAUCUGCCCAGGUUUAAGAGCAGGACUGGCUGCCUCAAUUGCUGGGAGCUCUAUUAUCAACAAAAUGUUACUAGCAAAUAUUGAUCCUUUCGGUGCAACGCCAUUCAUCGACCCAGAUCCAGAUUCAGUAGAUGGAUAUUCUGAAAAAUGUGUCAUGAACAAUUACUUUGGGAUUGGAUUAGAUGCAAAAAUUUCAUUAGAAUUUAAUAAUAAGAGAGAGGAGCACCCUGAAAAAUGCAGGAGCCGAACUAAAAACCUGAUGUGGUAUGGAGUCCUCGGAACCCGGGAGUUACUACAGAGAUCGUACAAGAAUUUGGAACAGAGAGUUCAACUUGAGUGUGAUGGGCAGUAUAUUCCUCUCCCCAGUCUGCAAGGGAUAGCAGUGUUGAACAUUCCCAGCUACGCCGGAGGCACUAACUUUUGGGGCGGAACUAAAGAAGAUGAUAUAUUUGCUGCACCAUCAUUUGAUGACAAGAUCCUGGAAGUCGUUGCAAUAUUUGAUAGCGUGCAAAUGGCAGUUUCAAGGGUCAUUAAACUGCAGCACCAUCGAAUAGCCCAGUGCCGUACAGUAAAAAUCACUAUAUUUGGUGAUGAGGGAGUCCCAGUGCAGGUGGAUGGCGAAGCAUGGGUUCAGCCUCCAGGGAUUAUCAAAAUUGUGCACAAAAACAGAGCUCAGAUGCUCACAAGGGACAGGGCCUUUGAAAGCACUCUGAAAUCUUGGGAAGAUAAGCAGAAGUGUGAUUCUGGUAAACCAGUUCUUCGAACGCAUUUGUACAUCCAGCAUGCAGUUGACCUGGCGACAGAAGAGGUGUCUCAGAUGCAGCUGUGCUCACAGGCUGCAGAGGAACUCAUCACCAGGAUUUGUGAUGCAGCCACCAUCCACUGUCUUUUGGAGCAAGAGCUGGCGCACGCAGUGAACGCAUGCUCCCACGCACUGAACAAAGCCAACCCGCGCUUCCCAGAGAGUCUUACGAGAGACACUGCCACUGAAAUAGCCAUCAAUGUGAAGGCCCUGUAUAAUGAAACAGAGUCUUUACUAGUUGGCAGGGUUCCUUUGCAGUUGGAAUCUCCACAUGAAGAGCGGGUAUCCAAUGCCUUGCAUUCCGUGGAGGUGGAGCUACAGAAAUUAACAGAGAUCCCUUGGCUUUAUUAUAUCUUACACCCAAAUGAGGAUGAGGAGCCCCCCAUGGAUUGCACCAAGAGAAACAGCAGAAGCACAGUAUUUCGUAUUGUGCCCAAAUUCAAAAAGGAAAAGGUUCAGAAGCAGAAGACAAGUUCACAGGCUGUUCAGAAAUGGGGCACAGAGGAAGUUGCUGCUUGGCUGGAUCUGCUCAAUUUGGGAGAGUACAAAGAAAUCUUCAUCCGUCAUGACAUCAGAGGGGCUGAACUCUUGCACCUGGAAAGGCGAGAUCUUAAGGACCUGGGGAUACCGAAAGUGGGUCAUAUGAAGCGAAUUCUCCAGGGAAUUAAAGAGCUUGGAAGGAGCACACCCCCAGUCUGAGGUGUAAUCAUAUUGGUGCUGUUCCUUGGAAGGAAAGUAAUUGCUACUUAAUACAAAGUCCUUGGGAGCCAUUGGCUGUUCUUGUAGUUUUCUGCCUAGAUAAAUAAGCACCACUGAGGCACCUCUACGGCUUGAUAUGGGUGAAAAGUUUGAUUUGAGGUAUUAGAAAAUAUUUUGUGCCACAAAAAUACAUUCCACAAAGCCAUUUUCUUAUUGUGCAAACCUGACACAUUCAAAUUUGCUCAUAUUAGUAAAAAGGUGGGAGGAAUCUGAGACAAUUGCAUUGUCCAAAAGGUGGAAUUGCACAAUGUUUACUUUCCUUUAACCUGGUCAGAUGGAAUGUUCUUACCGUGCAAACACAUAACAAUAUGUAGCUGAAAUUUCUUGGGUUUCAUUAUUGGAGGCAUUGGCUUCUUACUUAAAAUCACUGGCUAGAAGACUAAGAUGUAAAUUAAGUGGUGUUUUGAAUUGGUAUCACCUCAGAUUCCUAGCUCUCAGUGGUCAAAGAAUAUGGUUAAAACCCCUCAAAUACUAUGAAUGAAUGCAAAUCUUAAUGCACGAUGUUCCUGCCUGAAUUGUCUUUCUGUUUCUUGCAUGUCACAUUUAAUAUGUAACACUUAGCUUUAAUGUCAGUUUUAAUGGAAUUUAAUUUAUUACUACCUAAGUACCUUUUGGUUGGCUAAAGGCACUUUUCUGUUCUUUGAUGUGGAAUUUUGCAUAAAUAUUCUAUAUCUAAGAAUUUGUGAACAUGUGUCUGUGCCCUAAUCAACAAAUGAUAUAUAUCUUAUGCAAGCCAAUUUUAUACCAACCUAUCAUAAACAGUAGGUGUGCACAUUAAGAAAAUUCUCUGGAUAUUUUCAUAAAAUUAUAUGUUCUGUUGCCUAACAAAACUUAUUAUAGCUCUCCGUACCAAAAUUCCCACAUUCUGUUUUAAAUUUUUCAUUUCAAUUAAAUAAUUAUUUAAUACUCUGUUUGCAUGUAUAAUAUAGCAGACUGUUGACAUCCAGGAAUUUCCCCAACGUCUCAACUGGGAUUGGUAUACUGAUUGGUCACCCAGACUCGUCCACUGGCUAAAGGGACUCCUGACACAAACUUCCCAACAAAAGAGAUUUAAAUUUUUUCUUAAGGGCUUUCCAUUAUUUAUUAUUAUCUCACUUAAUUCUUACAUCCUAUCAGGUAGAUAUUAUUUUCCUUUUUGUAAACCACUAUACUUCAGUCUAGCGCAUGAGGAGUCAACAUUACAAUGAUCAAAAUCUUUGAAAGCCAAAGGCAUACAUAUCAAAAAGUCACAAAAAUGUCCUUAAAUAAAUUUUCUUUAGACAUUAUAUACCAAACAAUUAAUUCUAAUGUUUAAAAAUCUUCUAUAUAAGAGAAGUAGACGGGGUACUACUGACCCAGUGGUUAACAAUUUUCAACAAAGUAGCCCUCUAGGUAGGUGCUCAAAAGAUAUACAUAUAUACACGUAUACAUUUAUAUGUACAUUCACACUUGUGUACAUGUAAUCUAAACUAUACUCUCAUUGAUAUUUUCUAGACAUUUAUUUUCCAGAUGCUUAAAGAGAAAUAUAGAUGGGAAAACAUUUAAAAUGAGCUAUUGUCUGACAUAUAAUUUAAUUAUAUCAAAAGGGUUUAAAUAUUUGAUGCUUAUCCUUAUUUAUAACUUGAGUAUUUACCAGUAAAAAUCACAAAAUUUGGGCAUCUGAAAAAUAAAUGAAACUUGAUAGGUUCCUGACCAAGUGUGUCUGACUAUAUAUUUUACCUAAGUUGUGAAUAAAUGGAAAUUUUCCAAAGCGAAUUGUAUCAGGUAGCUUAAAAGAGCAAAGAGCUACUCAGUUAAUUUUAAUGUUAUCCACACUUAUGAAAUCAAAGGUCUUCCUUUCCAGUCCCUUUUAGAGUCCCUCACCCUGCAAAGUGUCCUGCUCUUUCAAGCACUUCCCUGUGUUCUCAGAACUCUCUGCUGAGAUUGCGGAUCCCUGUCCACAAAAAAAAAAACAAAAACAAAAAGGAAAGGUGGAGGCAAGGAGGCAAGAAAUCCUAGAAAAGAAUGAAUUAAUGCAAACAUCGUUACCGAUUUUCACUCUCCCCAAAUUCUCCUUUGCCAAUAGGAAAGAUUAUCUAGUUAUCACAUGUUCAGAAUUUAAGAGGAAGAUGUAAAUGAUUAGAUUUUGUAUUUGAUGUUGCUUUUUCACUCUUGAGUAACAUCCAUUAUAUAUGUUGAACCUCAGUUAACAGAAUCCUUAGCUAGAAUUUUCCAGCAAAUGGGUUUUGAAUAAGAGCAUUUUUCACUGUAUGCAUUGUCUGUGCAUAGCUAUGUGGGACCCAAAGGACAUCACUCACGCCUGUUUGCCAGGAUGGUGCCCUCAGGGCCUCCAGAGGCCAGUGUCAGCCUCGCAGAGGAAUCAGCUUCUCAUGGUAGAUGAGGUUACAACAAAGAUAGGAAGAGCUUCUCCACGUGGCCUGAUCCCGGCUCUGGGGAGUGCAGGUGGGGCCUCUGCACUUUGGUCCAUGUGUAAGCUGAGGUGAGAAGCUCAAGCCUGGGCCUGAUUGCCAGCUGUAAUUGCCGUCUUUCCUCCCCACCAGACUCCGCUGCAUGUAGAUAAUUUGGGAGGGCUGGAGGGGAAUCACAGCUCACAUCCACUUGCUUUCAUUUUCCUUCACUGCUCGUUUUCCUGAGGAACAACUUACUUGUCAAGAAAGGGACAGGGUCAGGCCUAAAUAAAAUUUCAGAGUACUCAAUUUUUCUCUUCCAUCUGUCCCUCCACCUCACUUUCUGAGUUUCUUGCUUACUUCCUGGCUUCCCAUUUUUCCACGUGCCCAAUAGAGAUGGUUGCUCAAAUUCUCACUGCCACGCACUGCCCUUUCCUCAUCAACUGU